AUAAAGCUUACUGUCUGCUUCUCUACCUGUCAUUUAUAUCAUUUUACUUUAGGCAAGUGCCAGCACCAUUUGUCAUCUUUUGUGAGCUUUGAGUCGUUGGUCUCAACAAUGAAUGAUUCUUUGAACGACAGCACCACCUUAUCCGCCAACAUCUCAGUAGAAGAUUGUUCUCUCCCUGUAGCUCAUGGCAUCGCUCUUAUUUCCACAAAUGCUUUCGUGGGGUUGUUUGGAACACUUGGUAACCUACUGGUUUGCUUGGCAGUUGUCAUAUAUCCUCGCUUACGCCGACCAUCCAACUACCUUCUGUUCAGUUUGGCCAUCGCUGAUUUGAUUGUCACCAUGGCGUGCGAGCCCCUUGUUGUGGCAAUCUUCACUAAAAGGACGUUCUUCAACGACUGUGCACCAGACUUGGAACUCCUAUACGUGAUUUUAUCUAUGCUUUCGUGCUCUGCUUCUGUACUACAUAUGGCGGCAAUCAGCAUCGAUCGUUUCAUCGCAGUUGUGUUUCCCCUGCACCACAGAGCCAUGUCAGAUACCUGCGGAUUAAAAGCAAUGUUGAUAACGUGUUGGGCAUAUCCAAUCUCAGUUCCCAUCUUAAGCGCCGUUGUUCCACCAACCUUUCCAAAAGAUAUUUUUGCUUUGUUGAUGUUUGCAAUCAGUUACGGAAUUAUUUUCUUGUCUUACUCACUUAUCGUGAUUUCCCUCGUCAGACAUAAAAGACAAGAAAAGCAACUUGAAAUGCGCCGAAAUAGUAAUGCUAGUCAUCAGACUCACGUUGAAAUCCGAGUGGCCUCCACCCUUGGGAUCGUAAUUCUUGUUUUCACAGCAUGCUGGCUUCCGUUCAUCGUAGUGCUUUAUGCAACAGGACGCCUUUUGAUCAAGAAGCACGGAGUUGCCUAUAUGUGGAUCAGGACCUUGGCUCUUUCAAACUCUGCCAUUAACUUCUCUAUAUAUGGUUCAAGAAUGCAGAACUUCCGUGAAGCGUUCUCUGCAACUGGACGAAAAGUUCUGGGUGCUUUCACUAGACAAUGUUCCCGGACCCAAGUGUAUGAUUUGAACGUAAGCAAGACCCAGUCCUCUAGUUCGAGAUGAUAACAAUUUAGAACCACCUCCCUACCAUGAGUAGAAGAAUCCAACGCACCAACAGUGGAAAAGUCUUGCAAGCAUUUUCACUACAUCCUUUCUCGGGUUAAUUAAGGAAAACCAGAAGACUGAGUUUGGUGGUGGUGUUUUAUAAGAGGGUAUAGGCAUGAAUUUUCAUAUGGCUAGUAACGUUUAAGGUGAAGACCAGAGAUUUAUUUUUAGGCUUAAAGGAAAAAAGGAGAAAGCAGUCCUGCAGCUACAGCAAGGUAACGCCUUCGCAAACGUUAGGUUUUCAUGAACUAUGCAUACCCAAACCUUUAACGUUGAGGCAUUGUGACAAUAUAGGACUGGUUCUUUUGCUGAACACGAAAAGAUAAACCUUCAUAGUGAAAACGUGACUCAACAAACACGACCACUAUCAUCACAUCGAAAUUCAGUUGAUCAUGCAAAAUGUUGUUAGGUAGCAUGCCAAAUAUUUGAAAAAUCAAUAUGUUGAGAAUGACCUCUCAGUUAAUCCUAAUUCCCUCUUCGACACUUUUCUAUCAUUGCAUGGUAAUAGCUUGAUUGUAUUGCUGUGUCGAUAGAUGACUUGACACUUAACAAUACCGAUAAAUGAACUGAAACUUCAAUAUUUCUAAUUAUAAGAGUGAUAAAUAACUACUUGGCAACAUCACUUUGAAUUCUAAGCCAGAGAAAUUCCGCACGAUGCAAAACAUGGAGAGGGUCACUCAACAUUCAGACGUAAUGGCUUCACUUGGAACAAUAACCAUAAGGGUGUCUGCCUUUCAUGAUGCUAUUUUUUUUAUUAUUUAAUAGUGACUUAGGAAUAUUUCAUAUAUUGAUUUUUAACUAAGGGCAACUUUUAUGUUGCUAUUGGCAAAGUAUAUAAAAGGUUUAU